UUUCAAAUUUCAAUGCACGGUUUCUCGAUUUUUUCUCUCCUUGAUCUAUUCCCCUCCCUCCAUACAUAUUUGUCUUCUUUGCAAGUCAAACCACUCGUCGAUCUCAGAUUAGGGUUAACAUUAGAGGCGAGUUCUUCAUGUCGCGACCAAACUAUGUCUCCAAUCUCUGAGUUUUCGGCUUCAUUGUUUUUGAUUUCCUUAUAUAAUUGGAUUGCGCUUAGGUGUUGAGAAAAACCGAGGUGUUCAAUUUGUAAAGAAACACAUUUAUAAGAUGGCAGGUGAACCUAGUGUUGAAGUUUCAAAUGAUCAAAAGGCCAAUAGAACUAAUAGGACGGGAUCUUUAUGGCUAUCCUUGGUUGUCCUCCUGCUAAAUGGCUCAUGGGCAAUCUAUUAUUUUCAAUAUAAUAAUCUUCCUAUGCCCUUAACAGCUGAGCAGGCAGGGAAACGGGGUUUUUCAGAAGCUUUAUCCUUGUUGCAUGUCAAGAAUUUGGCUGGAUUUGGUCCUCAUCCUGUUGGUUCUGACACUCUUGAUCUUGCAAUACAGUAUGUUUUGUCGGCUUCAGAAGUUAUUAAGAAGUCAGCUCAUUGGGAGGUCGAUGUGCAAGUUGAUCUUUUUUCUGCUAAAACUGGUGCAAAUCGACUUGCUGGUGGUCUGUUCAAAGGGAAAACACUAGUUUAUUCAGACCUGAAGCAUGUGGUCCUGAGAAUCUUGCCUAAGUAUAUUCCAGAGGCUGAAGAAAAUGUCAUUCUGGUGUCUUCUCAUAUUGAUUCAGUUUUCUCAACGUGAAUCGUAGUGUUGAGU